AUGACUAUUCGCCCGCACGUUCUCGAGCCCCUGGAAUACGGUAAUGCAGCGUCGUUCUGGGUAGAAUACCCAUCAGGUCUUGUCGACCUCACACGUGAGGCGCACCUCAUAGCAAAGAAGGAAGACGAGACAGUGGCAACCAAUGGUACCCACCCCGAACCUCCUCUACAUAGCAGUACACAGCUCGAGAUACCGGUCGAUGGUGAGCGCGUCGUGCGGUGCGCUAAGUCCAAGAGCGCGAUCGUGAUCGUCGACAUGCAAAACUUCUUCCUGCAUCCCGAUCUCCGCGACCACUCAACGGGGCUGCAAUGCGUUAUACCCCUUAUGAACGUUGUACCUGCGUUAAGGACGCAGGACGUGAAGAUCUUAUGGGUGUACGUCCCUCUUACCGACAGUAGAGACAUCCACAUAGCGCUUUUCGCCCGUAGUAACUGGGGACUGACCGAGCAUGAGCUCGCGACUAUCCCGCCGUCCCUCGUGCGAAGUUUCAUGAAGAACAAUCGUGGAGGCUUCGGCUCUCAUCUCCCUGUGCCCUUCGGUCGGUUACUCAUGCGAGGAGAGUUCAACGCCGAUCUAUACGGCCCCCUCCAUCAACUUUACCUUGAGGGUAAGAAGGAAGGCACGGAUGUCUGGAUUCACAAAAACCGGAUGAGCGGUAUCUGGGGUUACCAAACUGCCUUGGACCUGUAUCUUCAAGAACAUGGUAUAACGACACUCUUCUUCGCUGGCGUGAAUGCGGAUCAAUGUGUCCUGGGCACGCUGGUUGAUGCCUAUUUCCGAGGGUAUGAUUGCAUAACGCUGCAAGACUGCAUCGCGACGACUUCGCCUGCUGGGGGUCUAGAGAACGUGCUUUACAACGCUACCAAUAGCUACGGUUUCGUUACGGACACGAUCAGGGUGGAAGAGGCAAUCAAGAAGCAAUCGUCGUGA